GGACAGACGAAAAUUUUAUUUUAUCUGUGGAGAUAAAAUUGUCAAUACAUAACAUAUUAUCUAAACUGAUAACAGUAUAACAUUGAAAACAACCGAGAUAUUUCGAAUUGACAGCUGUCCGAGCUGAUACGAAGGAAAUACAGAAUUAUGUUACAAGGGAAAUACAAAAUAAUAUAUAAACUGUGAAAAUUUAAUUUAUACUUUUCGGAAUUUUAGAUUGUUAUCUUUAAGAUAAAAUGACUGUGUUAAAUUCAAGUUACGCGUCUUGCAGAAAAGUGUGUGAAUUGUGUCCUGGAGAACAAAUUGGAUCAUUUGUAGCAGUGGAUUAUGUCUUAUUUGCUGCUGUUUUGGUUAUUUCUGCCCUUAUUGGAGUUUAUUAUAUGGUGAAGGAGUACUUAGCAGCAAAAGCCGCAACAUCAGAAGAUGUCCUCAUGGGAGGUCGGGACAUUGGGAUCUUUCCAAUCGCUAUGUCAUUGAUGGCUAGCUUUAUGUCCGCUAUAACAGUUCUAGGAACACCAACAGAAAUGUAUAAUAACAAUACAAGUUAUUGGAUUGCAGGGCUUUCUAUGAUAAUUACAGUGAUAGUCACGAAUCAUGUAUUUCUUCCAUUUUUCCAUGAUCUGAGUCUGACUAGCGCUUAUGAAUAUUUAGAGAGGCGUUUCAACAGAGCUGUACGAAUAUGUGCGUCCAUUAUAUUUAUGCUAAAUAUGCUUCUAUAUAUGGGUGUUGUUCUAUAUGCACCAUCAUUAGCUUUGAAUCAAGUUACGGGUCUAAGAUUAGAAUUAUCAAUAGUGUGCAUAGGAUUAGUAUGUACGUUUUAUACUGCACUUGGAGGACUUCGAGCGGUAGUUUGGACGGAUACAUUCCAGACAUUUGUUGUCAUGGCAGGUUUGAUAGCUAUUAUUGUUGUGGGUUCAAGGGAUCUUGGUGGUUUUGGAGAAGUAUGGGAUAUAGCAAACAAAGGCGGGAGAAUCCAAUUUAUAGACUGGGAUCCUAACCCUACAACUCGACAUUCUAUAUGGGCACUUAUCAUUGGCUCAUUUUUCGGCCAACUGACAAUUUAUGCAGCCAAUCAAACAAUGAUUCAAAGAUAUUUGGCUAUAAAAGAAAUAAAGAAUUCACAGAAAGCUCUGUAUUUGAGUUUGCCUCUGACACUGAUUCUAUCAACCGUUGUAUGUCUUGUUGGUUUGGUUAUAUACGCUACAUACCAUGACUGUGAUCCUUACUUGUUGGACAUGGUUCAUGCUAGGGACCAGUUGCUGCCGUUUUUAGUGAUGGAUAAGUUAACAUUUUUACCCGGAUUGCCAGGAUUAUUUGUAGCCUGUUUGUUCAGUGCAUCACUCAGUUCAAUAUCAUCCGGAUUAAAUGCAUUAGCAAUUGUAAUAUUAGAAGAUAUUUUAAAACUAUGGUGGGAAUACAGAGGUAACGCUCCAUCACCUUUGUGGCAAGGGAGAAUAGCUAAACUAUUAGGACUGUUUGCUGGAGGAUUGGUUAUUGGUAUUGCAUUUUUGUCACAGUUUUUAGGACAAACAGUUUUACAGAUAAUGCUGAGUAUUUUUGGAAUGGUAGGAGGACCUUUACUCGGAUUAUUUAUCAGUGGUAUUUUCUUUCCUUUUAUCAAUUCAACAGGAGCUUUGUGUGGUUUGAUAGCAAGCGCUGUAAUGGCAUUCUGGGUAGGUGUAGGUGGCACAGUGUUACUUCCUGUUCCGGAAGUAAUGCAUGUUAGUACUGAAAUGUGUAGUAUUAUUCAGAGAAAUUGUUCAUCGUCAUCAAAUUCCACCAUAUCAUCUACAAUAUCAUCAACAAUAGCAACUACAACGCAAGCCACACUUUCCAGCGAGGACAAUUUAUGGAUUUAUCAUUUAUCUUAUCUAUGGUAUGGUUUAUUCGCCACAUUAAUUAGCCUCAUUGUCGGAAUACUGGUGACCUUUAUCACUUCUUGUUGUCUUGGUUUUAAUGAACCGGAAGACGUUGACGCUGAUCUUAUACACAGGCUCGUGGACAGGGUUUGCUGCUUUCUCCCUGUUACCUGUCAGAGAGUUCACAGACUGGAGAAAUAUAAAGAUGACUUUGAAUUAGCCACUGUAAAUGGUGCAAUGAAUCAUGGAUUUGAGUCUUCAGAAACAAAAAUGGACGACUUUGGAGAAAAAAAACUUGGAGGAGUUAUUUAUAGAAAUGGACAGUCAAAAAUGAAAUCAAAAGAAAACUUCACACAAUUAUGAUAGUAAUUGUUAGAACCUAAUAGACAUUGUGGACUUCGAAACAAGUCGAGCUACUAUUUUAUCGUUCAGCUAGUCGAAUUAACAUAUGUAUAACCCUGAAGGUUGGUAAUGGCUAAGCCAGCAUAUGAAAUAUAUGACACACUAACUUUAAAUAAUUUAAAUAUAUCGGAAUACAGGUGAUUUUAUUUUUUGCAUUUAUGAAUGCUGAUUUUUUUUCUCAAUAUUACUAGUAAAUGACAACACAAUUCGUACAAUGCAAACAUAUUUUGUUUUAUACUCAGGACAUUUUUUGAAAUAUAUGAUAUGCUUUUUGAUGCAAAUAUUAAGUAAUAUUUCUGAUCAAGUUAAGGUACAUAUGUAGUGGUAAUUUAUAGAUAUGAUGUAAAACAUGCAAAUAUAAAAAAAUGUCUUUUAAUUAUAUGUUUGAUAAUUGUCAAUGAAAGAUGUAUGAAUUAUGUUUUAAAAUCAUUAAAUAAAGAGACAUGACUGUACUUUUAA